CGGACUGGGCGCCCAGCGGGAUCCCGGGUGUUCCCGGCGGCUGCCGCGGCGUCCGCGCAGGCGGCCCCUCUCGGUUCUUGGGGCUUUGCAGCCGGCCCUGCAGGCUGGUGAGCGGCGGGCAGAAUGGGCAGGUGCUGCUACUACACGGUGGGGACGCUGGCCCUGCUCCUGCUAGUGACUAGCGUCACCCUGCUGGUGGCCCGAGUGUUCCAGAAGGCCGUGGACCAGGCCAUAGAGAAGACUAUUGUGCUAAGGAAUGGCACUGAGACCUUUGACACCUGGAAGAAUCCCCCUCUGCCCGUGUAUACGCAGUUCUAUUUCUUCAAUGUCACGAAUCCAGACGAGAUCCUCAGAGGCGAGAUCCCGCGGUUAGAAGAAGUGGGGCCCUAUACCUACAGGGAACUCAGAAACAAAGGAGAUAUUGAAUUUGGAGAUAAUGGAACAACAAUAGCUGCUGUUAGCAACAAAGCCUACAUUUUUGAACGAAACCAAUCUGUUGGAGAUCCCAAAAUUGACUUAAUUAGAACAUUAAACAUUCCUGCAGUGACUGCCAUGGAAUGGUUCUCUAUCCACUUUUUACGGGAGAUCAUUGAGGGUCUGUUGAAGGCCUAUCAGCAGAAGCUCUUUGUGACCCACACUGUCCAUGAGCUGCUCUGGGGAUACAAGGAUGAGAUCAUGUCCCUUGUCCAUAUCUUCAAACCUGAGAUACCAGCCUAUUUUGGCCUAUUCUAUGGGAAAAAUGGGACCAAUGAUGGAGACUAUGUUUUUCUGACUGGAGAAGACAGUUACCUUAACUUCACAAAGAUUGUUCAAUGGAAUGGAAAAAUGUCGCUUGACUGGUGGACAACUGACAAGUGCAACAUGAUUAAUGGAACAGACGGAGAUUCUUUCCACCCAUUGAUAAACAAAGAAGAAAUCCUUUAUGUCUUCCCAUCUGAAUUUUGCAGGUCAGUGUAUUUAACUUUCAGUGACUAUGAGAGUGUAGAGGGACUGCCUGCCUUUCGGUUCAAGGUGCCUGAAGAAACUUUAGCCAAUAACACUGACAAUGCUGGCUUUUGUAUACCUGAAGGACACUGCCUGGGCUCAGGAGUUCUGAAUAUCAGCAUCUGCAAGAAUGGUGCACCUAUUGUUAUGUCAUUCCCACACUUCUACCAGGCAGAAAAGAAGUUUGUUUCUGCCGUAAAAGGCAUGAAUCCAAAUAAGGACUAUCAUGAGACGUUUGUGGACAUUAAUCCUUUGACAGGACUUAUCCUGAGAGCAGCCAAAAGGUUCCAGGUCAACGUGUAUGUCCAAAAAAUAGAAGACUUUGAGGAAACGGGAGACAUAAGAACCAUGGUUUUUCCAGUGAUGUAUUUCAAUGAGAGUGUUCUCAUUGAUAAAGAAAAUGCAGGUCGACUGAAGUCUGUGGUCAACACUACAUUGAUUAUCACCAACAUACCCUACAUCAUCAUGGCACUGGGCAUGUUCUUUGGCUUGGUCUUUACCUGGCUCGCUUGCAAAGGACAGGGGUCCAUGGAUGAGGGGACAGACGAUGAAAGAGCACCCCUCAUACGAACCUAACCUUGGCUUAACUUGGCAAAGCAACCACGUGAGCUAUUCUGCCCUGGACCACAAUGUGGAGAAACCACCCGUCUCCUCACAGGCUUCUUGCUGUUAUCAAAGGGAGAGAGAUGACCUGGUGCUGGCGAGGGAUGAGUACUUCCUGGCCAGAGGUUGAAGGACAGACUGACAUGGUUGGCCAGUAGGCUCUAUAAAUCCUGUGGUUCCUGACAAAUUGUUUUUAUGUGUCUAGCAAGUAUUUAAUAAACUCUUGUAUAAUAACUUUUUGGUUAUUGGGUGCUGGUAGCUCCAGAAGUUUGUGGCCACUGUUGUGGUUAGGAGUCUUUAUACCACUUGUUAAUGUAACCUCAUCCAGUACGCUUCCUUUCACCAAACUUUGUAUCCCAAAUACAUACUUACCAUUUUA